CGAAACACAUUUCUCCCCAUUCAAUGACCACCACGUCGUCGCUCCGUCCCCUGCAACCCUGCGACGCGCUCCAACGAGCCACGUGGUAACCAUGCAUUGGUUCGUUAUCAGAACCUUAACCUUCUGUAACAUCGUCCUCAUAUUUUCCCAGAAAUAUUAGGAACAAAGUAAUAAAGAUAAUAUUUAUAUCCAACGGUGAAAGACAAGUCCGGUUCUCAUCAUCGCCCGCAUAUUUCUUUUUCGCUUUAUUAUUUGAUCCUUUCUUCUAUUUUGUAUUACGAUCCGACCUUUUAGGGUUUUCCGAAGAAAUCUUCUGAAUCUGAGGUUGAUAUCCAAUUGUAGAGCUUUCGUGUGUCCACUUUGAAGCCAAAUCAUAAAGUGAUUAGUUACACCAAAGAAAUAUGUCAGCAUCAAGGAAGGACAUGGACCCUGCUUUCCAUGGUGCAGGAACAAAGGCUGGGAUGGAAGUAUGGCGAAUUGAGAAUUUUGCGGUUGUUCCUAUCCCAAAAUCUUUUCAUGGAAAGUUCUUUACAGGGGAUUCAUAUGUGAUUUUGAAGACGUCUUCCCUGAAAAAUGGUGCUUUGCAUCAUGAUAUCCAUUAUUGGCUUGGUAAAGAUACUACUCAGGAUGAAGCUUCGACUGCUGCCAUCAAGACUAUUGAGCUUGAUACAGUUCUUGGUGGACGUGCUGUUCAGUAUCGUGAGGUACAAGGAAACGAGACAAAGAAAUUCCUGUCUUACUUUAGACCAUGUAUCAUUCCACAACAAGGUGGAGUGGCAUCUGGAUUUAGGCAUGCUGAUGUAAAUGAGCAUGAGCAUGAGACUCGUCUAUAUCUCUGCAAAGGGAAACAUGUUGUCCACAUAAAAGAGGUUCCUUUUGUGCGGUCAUCCCUCAAUCAUGAUGGUAUAUUCAUUCUGGACACAAGAUCAAAGAUUUUUCAGUUUAAUGGAUCCAACUCAACCAUUCAAGAAAGAGCUAAAGCUCUUGAGGUGGUCCAACAUAUAAAAGAUACUUUUCACGAUGGAAAGUGUGAGGUAGCAGCUAUUGAGGAUGGCAAGUUGAUGGCUGAUGCUGAUGCUGGAGAAUUCUGGGGCUUGUUUGGUGGCUUUGCUCCUCUUCCUAGAAAGGUAUCUUCCGAGGAAGCAAGAGAUGUGGAUACCAUUUCUGUGAAAUUACUUUGUGUUGAGAAUGGGCAGCCAACACCUGUUGAUGCUGAUUCAUUGACAAGAGAGUUGCUAAACACAAAUAAGUGUUACUUGCUGGAUUGUGGUAUUGAAGUCUGUGUGUGGAUUGGCAGAAAUACAUCACUUGAGGAAAGGAAAAUUGCAAGUGCUGCUGCGGAAGAAUUAAUUAGUGGACCUGACAGACAAAAAUGUCAUGUAAUUCGUGUUGUUGAAGGAUUUGAGACUGUCAUGUUUCGUUCAAAAUUUGAUACAUGGCCACAGACAGCUGGUGCAGCUGCUUCUGAAGAUGGUAGAGUUAAGGUUGCUGCCCUUUUAAAGCGCCAGGGGUUGAAUGUGGAGGGUCUUACAAAGUCUGAUACUUCAAAGGAAGAGCCUCAGCCAUACAUUGAUUGCACAGGCGAUUUACAGGUUUGGCAUGUAAAUGGUGAUGAGAAAGUGCUUCUUGCAUCUUCUGAUCAGACAAAAUUUUACAGUGGAAAUUGCUAUAUCUUCCAGUAUACAUAUUCUGGUGAAGAUAAAGAGGAAUAUCUAAUUGGUACUUGGUUUGGGACGAAGAGUGUUGAGGAUGAGAGAGCUUCAGCUAUAUCCCUCUCUGGAAAGAUGGUUGAAGCCUUGAAGUCACAGGCUGUUCAGACUCGUCUUUAUGAAGGAAAAGAACCUAUUCAAUUCUUUUCAAUCUUCCAGAUCUUUAUUGUUUUUAAGGGUGGGUUGAGUUCUGGAUAUAAGAGAUUUAUCACGGAGAAUAGCACUGCUGAUGAGACAUAUUCAGAAGAUGGUCUUGCACUUUUUCGAGUUCAAGGUUCUGGACCAGAUAACAUGCAAGCAAUUCAAGUUGAGCCGGUGGCAUCUUCCUUGAAUUCAUCUUACUGUUACAUAUUGCAUAAUGAUACAACAGUUUUUACAUGGUCUGGAAGUCUUACUACCUCAGAGGAUCAAGAUCUUGUCGAGAGACUGCUAGAUCAAAUAAAGCCAAAUAUUCAGUACAAACCACAAAAGGAAGGGACAGAAACUGAACAGUUUUGGGGUUUACUAGGAGGUAGAUGUGACUAUUCCAAUCAAAAGAUUGUCAAGGAACCAGAAAAUGAUCCUCACCUAUUUUAUUGUGAUUUUUCAAAAGACAAUUUAAAGGUUACAGAAAUAUUUAAUUUUACCCAAGAUGAUCUGAUGACAGAAGAUGUAUAUAUCCUCGACUGUCAUUCUGACAUCUUCGUUUGGAUUGGACAAAAGGUGGACACAAAGAUAAGAUCACAAGCUCUAAAAAUAGGAGAGGAAUUUCUUGAACAUGAUUUUCUUCUUGAGAAAAUAUCUCGAGAAACUUCGAUAUUCAUAGUCACAGAAGGAAAUGAGCCACCAUUCUUCACUCGUUUCUUCACAUGGGACUCUGCAAAAUCAGCUAUGCAUGGUAAUUCCUACCAGAGGAAGCUUGCCAUAGUGAAAACUGGAGUCACUCGACCUAUUGAGAAGCCAAAACGGCGUGUACCGACAUCUGGUGGAAGAAGUGUAACAGAUAAAUCUCAGCGUUCCAGAAGCAUGUCCUUUAGCCCAGACAAUGUUCGUGCAAGAGGAAGAUCUCCAGCUUUCAGUGCGUUAGCAGCGAACUUUGAGAAUCCAAAUUCCAGGAAUCUUUCAACCCCUCCUCCAGCUGUUACCAGACUUUAUCCAAAGUCUACAAUCCCAGAUUCUGUAAAACCAGUACCACGUUCAGCAGCAAUUGCUGCUUUAACUGCAUCUUUUGAAUCUGCAAAGGAAAGUGUUGAAUCAAAGUCAUCCAGAGGAGAUGUGAAAUCCAAGGUUGCUCAAGAAAGCAUGGAGGCCAAUUCUAAUGAGAAUCCAAUUUCAGCGAGUGGGAGAAACGAUGACCUCACCAUUAAAGAAGAGAUGAAUGAGGGGGAAGAUGAAGAUGAUGGAGGGCUUCCUAUAUUUCCUUAUGAACACCUAACUACAUCGUCCAGCGAUCCUGUUGCCGACAUUGAUAUAACCAAGAGAGAGGCUUACUUAUCUUCAGUAGAGUUCAAAGAGAAAUUUGGCAUGAAAAAGAGUGCCUUUUAUGACCUACCAAAAUGGAAGCAGAAUAAGCUUAAGAUGGCAGUUCAUCUAUUUUAAUUCUACCAUCUGCAUUCAGUUCUCACGACAUGUUGAAACCUCAGAAGAGUACAUUGGCUUUGUGUUCGUACACACCCACAUGCACUUGCGGUGGAAACCUAUCAGCAAUGGGCUGUUCAAGUGCUUUCUCAGCUGCUUCUUGAUUUAGAUAGUUUAUGAGAUUUUACCGUUGGCAUAGAUUUGUUUAUUCCUUUUUUGGGUCAAAAAUUGUCUUCUCAGCUUUAUUUUUUUUUCGUAAUAUGUAUCUUUCAUUUAUUAGAGAUAAAGGCAGUGAGCAGACCAAAAUUUUAUAGAUUGUAAUUUUUUUAUGGUAUGACCGAAAACAUCUUAUGAGGAAUGAAAUAAAUGUUUUUUGGUUGGUG